AUGGAUUCGUAUGCGUCUAAACCACAAGUGAUUACAAGAGGCGUCAGUGCUGGCCAUCCACAAGAGGCCCGCUUUGUGCCGCCUUUGGUCAACAUUCCGGCCAAUUAUGCGUCCAUUCAUUCAAACUAUAACCUAAGCAAUGACUUAAACACCAGCAGUAAUAACAGCAACAGUAAUGCUAGUGAUCUGGACAUGGGAUCAGACUAUGAGUCCAAUGACGACAGCUCUUCACGAUCGGAGUCUCAAUGGAAUGCAUACGUCGACCGCAACAACUCUUCGGCCAAUAGUGGCAGCGAUUACAACAAACAGACAAAAGCGUCGCCAAAGGGUCGCGCAAAGAGUGGGCGGAAACCCAUGAGAAACGAUAAGGUAUUGAAAGAGUGGNAUGCAUACGUCGACCGCAACAACUCUUCGGCCAAUAGUGGCAGCGAUUACAACAAACAGACAAAAGCGUCGCCAAAGGGUCGCGCAAAGAGUGGGCGGAAACCCAUGAGAAACGAUAAGUUGACUCCCGAGGAGGAGAAGAAGCGACACCAGCGCCGGGAACGCAACAAACAGGCGGCCGCGCGCUGUCGUAAGCGGCGUAUGGAUCACACGAACACUCUGUUGAUAGAGACGGACGGCUUGGAGGAGAAGAGACAGUCACUGCUGAAUGAAGUGGAAGAGCUCCGCAAACAGAAGGAGGAGUUGGAGUACAUUCUGUCGACACAUAAAAUGAAUUGCAAAAUGAAUGCAUCGAAAGCCCAUGAGAUGGACGUGAAGCCAGUGGUGAGCAACGGGUCGGUCAUAGCGAUGAGCGCAUCGGCCAAGUCGAGGCCCACCUCAUUGCCACUGCCCUUCAUGAACACCGACCCCAUGUCCGACACGGGAAUACCCAUUCAGACGCCGUCCACCGGCCUCAUCCUCGAGGCAUUUGCUGAGAGCGGCACUGGUCUCACACCAGUGCUCAACACCCCGUCCGUCAUCACCCCUUCCUCUAUGAAUUUUCGCCAUAAACUGAUGGAAAACACGGCUUCGUUGGCGUUCGAGCACGGGGUCAGAGUUAGGGAGGAGGCCGAGUGUCGUACCCCCAGAGCACAGGUCGUAUAUGUCAACACCACUGACCCCUCAAAA